ACUCUCGUCAAUCAGCUUCUCUCGUCUUCUUUUUUGUAUACUUUCGUCUCUCCACAACCACUGUUGUUUCCUUGUUCAUCUGCAACUUCAGAAUAUCUCAUUCCUUUUCUAUCUUCAAUUGCAUGUGAACCCCAAAUUUUCAUCCUUGGAAUUUGUAGAAAUGGUGAUGUCAAAGCGUAGCCAUAGGUUUUUCAAGUUCAGAAUUCUAGUUUCUUUCCGUAUUCAAAUUCCCAGCUAUCAAAAUCUUUUCAAGUUUUAAAAUUUUCCUUCUUUCAAUCCCCAGAAAACGGUUCUCCUUCACAAAACAAGGAUUUUUUUUUAUCAUUUCCUCAAUCUAAAGCCUUUUCUUUUAUUUACCCCUACACCGACCCACAGUUUUGUUUUUUGGCUUUGGGUUCUUUUUUUCCACCAAUAGAUAUUCUUGAAUACUGUGUUUAUCUCUGGAAAAAGACUAAAUGGUUUCCAAGGACUACUACUUGUUCUUACGAGCAGUUGUGGAAAUGGCUUGGAUUAUGCUGAGUGUGGAUUACUGGAGGCUGUUUUGGUUAUUAUUUGGUGUUUUUUCCUACGAAAAUCAUGAAGGAAAGCCUCGGAUCACCUAGCACAUCUUCAAAAUUUUCUUUCUUUACCUGCUGCCUUGUUCUUGAGUUUCAUAUUCCAGUAGCUAGAUAACUAUAAUAUUCGUGUUUUCAAUAUAUAUAGACAUAUUACAAUAAGCCCGACAGCUUUUCACGGUGCCUGAUUUCUCAGACCAUGUACCAAACACGUCUAGGUGGAUGUGAUGAUGGAGUUAAAUCUCAGCUUGGAUACGUUGAAACCGACCCUUCCGGUCGGUACGGACGUUUUAGAGAGAUUCUUGGUAAAGGAGCUAUGAAGACUGUGUAUAGGGCAUUCGAUGAGGCCCUAGGAAUGGUGGUGGCAUGGAAUCAAGUCAAGCUUAACGAUGUCUUCCGUUCACCGGACGAAUUGCAGAGGCUUUAUUCCGAGGUUUACCUCCUCAAGAAUGUCAACCAUGAUUCAAUCAUUCAAUUCUACGCAACUUGGAUCGAUGUCGAUCGGAGAACAUUCAACUUCAUCACCGAGAUGUUCACCUCCGGCACACUUCGAGAGUAUAGACAGAGGUACCAGCGUGUAGACAUGCGAGCAGUUAAGAGCUGGGCUCGUCAAAUUCUGCAGGGUCUAGCUUAUCUGCAUUGCCAUGACCCUCCAGUGAUCCAUAGAGAUCUUAAGUGUGAUAAUAUCUUUGUCAAUGGCCACCUCGGACAAGUCAAGAUAGGCGAUCUCGGACUAGCUUCCAUUCUUCGUGGCUCACAACAUGCUCAUAGUGUCAUAGGGACACCAGAAUUUAUGGCACCGGAGCUAUAUGAGGAGUGUUACAACGAGCUAGUCGAUAUAUACUCCUUUGGCAUGUGUUUAUUAGAGAUGCUUACUUCCGAAUAUCCGUAUAGCGAGUGUCAAAUGAUGGCUUUCUUGGAAUCCUAG